AUCUAUGGUAACGCAAAGCGCCAUGAUAAACUAGUUCCACUGUUGGUACACGAAGCAAGAUUAGCGCUUUUACUAGAUUAGGUAGACAGAAGCCCAGUCUAGCGAUGUCUGUCUCAGUGCCAAAACGAAGGAUUUGAUUCAAGUCUUUGCCGGUAUUCUUGUGGUGCUGAAUAUCAACUUCGUUCUGAUGAUGUCUGGUGGUUGGGGAAAACGUGCGGCCAGUCGUAUUGACCGAACACAGUUUGAACAGGACGAUCUGCUUAAAUCCCUCGGCAACCAGUUCAAUGUUGACUUUUCUGGAUAUGACCAGUGGCAGAGACGAUCCAAGGUGGUGCUACCAGUUCAAAGGCCACCAACAUCCAAAGAUGAUGUCUCUUUCACUGUUGGUCUUUCCAAAGCAGAUGAGUUGUGUCGCCACACAACAUACAGGGACAAGAAACAGGCAGCCAAGUUGGAACAGUUACAAAAGCAGCGUUCAGAAAGAAUAAAGAUAACUGAGUUGAGGUUACGCACACGAAGGAAGACUUUGCUGGAAUACCAAAGAAGACACAAGGAGCUUCUUGAUGAAAACAUCCACCUGAAAAAUGCCAUUGAUUCUGAAGAGAUGCACAGCCACGGCACUGUGAAGGCAUUCUUGAGGAAAUAUGAGAAGUACAGGGGUGGUAUGACAACAUUGAGCACUAAUUUUGUGAGGGAGCUUGAGGAUGCAUUGAGGGACCUGGAGGAGACUAAGACAAAACUGUCUGAAAGUAUAUCAGGUCUUGAGCAACAAGUGACGAUUGUUGAUGAGCAGCUGAAGAGUCAGCAGAACCAGCUGCAUGUUCUGAACAGCUAUAAGGACAAAGAAUAUCCCGUGAAAGCAAUGAAAAUAUCAAAUCUGCAGAAAGACAUGGAAGGCUUAAAAAUAUCUAAUCAGGAAGAGCAAGAAGAACUUCAACAUAUAAUUAACACUGAGAUUGGCAAGUACCAUAAGAAGAGGUUGCACGUAGCCAACCAAAUUACACACGCUGUCACAGAGAAAGCAGUUUCCAUGAUGCAUCCAAGUUUGAAGGAUAUGGCACUGCAGAACUUAGUGAUGCAAAAGGAAAUAGAAUUUCACACUCGAGAGCAACAGGACCUGCAGGAGGUGAUCCAACACAUGGAGGCAGAGGUAGAUCAUAUGCUGCGGGAUCCACUCACAAAUACAAGGCUGCAGAUGUUUCCAGAGUUUUAUUCCUCAGCAAAAAAGUGCACCCCGGACAUGGAAGUGAUCCUGGACAUACCAACCCAAGAGUGGCUUCCCAUUUAAUUAAGCAGAUCGCUGGGCAAUGUAACAAAAAAGGAAAGGAAAGGAAAGGAAAACAGGAAAAUCAAUGUAUUUUAGGGAUGGAUGUUACAUUAUUUUAUGUAACUUGAAUGUACAAUUUCAGACUAGUACAUACACAACCAUUUUGAAAAUGUAAUAUGGUUCCACUGCACAGACAGUUAAUGUAAUUUAUCAUCAAGAACUGCCUUCCACAGCGCUAACAUGAGAUGAAGCCAUAUCUUCUAGGAGAUAUCACUACAGUACAAUUGCAGCACAAUGCUUCGGAAGCCAUUGUGACAUCAUUGGUUACCAUGACAGCAUAAUCAAAUAACAUCACUUAUCUAUCUGCCAGUGAAGCUUGUCUAUAGCUGUACCUUUACAAUAUAGACACUGGUUAUUACUGUUUACAAACUGAAAAUGUUUUCAGAAAGAUUUCAAAUUUCAUUUUUUUAUAACAGGUUACCAAUCAUAGCCAUAGAUACCAGUUUGAAUAACAUAAUACAAAAGAGCCUUUGAGGGUAACACAGUCAAGUUUAUUUAAUGACAUGAGCUUGACAACAUGACUAAAAGGUAAUCCCUCAGGAAAGGGAGGGUGGGUAUAAAACUAUUUCAAACACAUUCUGUAGCCUUCACGACUGUAAACAUUGUGUUUAUCAACACGAUGCCACCUACAAGAAAAAAUAUAUAAAAUAAUGAGUGCGCCCCUUGUGGCACAAAAUGAAAGGGCCCGAUUGUAGGUUACACUCAAACAUCUUCAAGAGAAAUUACCUCUUCUUGACCAGGUUUCAAAGCAAAUAAUGGGAUUAUUUUCCCCGAUAUAUAGAAUCUCGCCUUGGGGAUCUUCCAAGCUCAAAUAUAUCAAAGUAAAGUGAAGUAAAAUAUAUUGCCAAAGUAAAAAUAUCUCUUUAACAUACAGCAUGUAGUUUUCUUGUGUAAAUACUUGUGCAUCUACUUCGCAAGUUUGACAGAACAUUGAUGGGGACUACCACACUUUCUUACAUUUCUAUUUGUCUCACCAGGACCAAAGAUUGAUGUCUGUGGUCUCACCAUUUACCUGUCCAUUCUGCUUCUCACACAUAAACAUAUAUACAGCUGUUGUUAUGCUAUCAAGUAUUAAUUUAAUAAAGGAAGUGAUUAUUUCCUACUUUGAACAAUUACUUCAACAACUUUUGUCACUUAUGUAUACAGCUAUAUUAGUAUCUAGGUUUUCAAUGUAAAGUUUUAAAUCAUACUUAACACAUAUGCUGAUAGGGUGUACAAAGUGAAUUAAUAUUGACCCUAUUUUGUAUUUACUCUUGCGAAUAUUCAUAGGGUGUCCAGUUUUACUUGUAAUGAAACCAGAAGAAUUUAACAUUCAUUAUUCAGACAUGUCCAGUGUAUGGUGCCAGGUUAAGAUAGGUAGUUACAAAUGAUAAUCAAUAAUAUAGUCCUGCUUCUGUGUUGAGGCUACUAUUUGUAGUUUGUAGUUUUGGAAGUUAACUUUGAAUGUGUGGUUGAAUAAAGACAUUUUUUGCCUCAA